GGUGGCUGGGGGCGGCAGCCUCAAAAAUACACCGCAACCACACCGCGCGGCUCCACCGCAGAAGCCGCCAUCUUCCACCGCCGAACCGAAACGAGACCGCGCGAGUUAAACACCCUAUCCUACUUCCCCGUGGAAGUUGCCGCCUGCCGCCUGCCGCCCGAGCCAGCGACCGCGAAGAAGUAUCCUUCAUCCGCUGACGCACGGGGUCCGAUCUCUCCGAAGACUGUCCGAUUCGCAACGGAAUUAUUCGAUCCGGAUUCUUUCUCGGAGAUUUCUUGCGUUGCUCUUGCUGGCUGACGCGUGGAUAUUGGGAGAGACGUGAGACUUGGCUCUAAAGGAUCAGUGGAUUGUUGACUUGCUAAGGAUGUUUCGGGGAUUCCUUGGACACGUGAUUUUUGUUUUGUGAUUCAGUGUCAGUGGAUGUAUUUGACGGUUGUUUCGGUGAUCGGGUUUGGACUGGGUUGUGACACAUGUGACGCUUGGGAGACUUUGUAGCUUGGGAUGAGGCUGACGAAGUGGUAAUGAGAGGAUAGAGGUUUGAAUCGGUUGGAGUUGUUCUUUGGAACAUCGCUGGAGUAGCUACAAGUGACAGCUAUAAGAUAUAUUAAGACGCUUGGAGUUCUCUGUUCAGUGAAAAUUGGAAGCGUGAUUGGUGAACUGUCAGUGAUCACCGGGAGUUCCGAGGGUAAGGCGCAGUGUGGGAUGCGUCGACGUGGAGUUUGUGCCGCCGAUGAUCAAGGAUCCAGCGUUCGCACCUGUUAGACGGUCCCCGAGGAGUGUCAGUGUGAUUAACAGCGGAUCGAAAGGGGUGCGAGUGAAACCGCGCGAAAUCGUAUCUGGUUGCUGGUCGUCGAGCGAGGGGACAGUCGAAGAUCGACCGUGGACCGCUGGCAGUGUGGGGCAGGUCUCGAUCAAAAGAAAAGAAGAAGCGAGGGUCGGGGGCCGUUCGAUUCCAAUAAAACGAAUUUUCCCCGCGACUUGGCAAUCGAGGACGGUACGAAGGAUUUGCAAACGGAUGCUACCCUCCCACGACCACGGUCGCGGGAUAAUGAAAUAAGGAUCAAAGGGUCCUGGGCCACGCGGGGCCGACGAAGCGCAGCGUGAAGUCGCGCGUGCCGCGCGUCUCUCUCGACUCGUGGCUCUGAUCGAGGGAACGCGUCGCAAUCGCGCGAUGCGUGUGCCCUGUCGGCUUAAUUAACUGCCACGGAAAGGCUUCGAGCCCGCGAGCGGAUCAGAGGGCUUAUAUUCAGAUACUUGCGCAACCGACGAAUUCUCGCGAGAGCCGUUCCGCGAGUUUAGUGAAGGACACCCGAUGGAUCGAGGGACCUUAGGGUUCGUUUGAGUCUCAUUUCGUUCUGGUAUUCGUUGGUUCAGAGAGGAAGAGGAAGCCUUGGGAAAAGAUUGAGUCGACUGACAGGAAACUUGUCGGCGAGGAGGAAAUCACGGAGAAGGGGACCGAUGAUCCUGUGCUCAUGACGAAUCCUUUACGAGAUGCGCGCCCCGAGGAUCGGCCUCCAGGCUUAGACUAUCCGGACCCGAGACUGGUGGCUAGGAACGGCCACCAGCCGCAUCAGGGGAACUCGGUGCAUCAGAUCGGUGGGCCGAGGAUCAGGAGGACGAGGGCGUCGUCCUUGAGGAGAAGGAUGCACCUGGCCAACGAGGUCCCGCCGCAAGGAUCCGCCGCAGGAAACAAUUUGUCCGACUAUGCCCUCACCGCGGAUCUGCUCGCCGAAAGGACUUUGGACGGCUUGUUCGCUGAGCAUCCUGGUGAACUGGUGCGAACAGGCUCCCCGCACGUGGUUUGCACGGUGCUACCAGCACACUGGAGGUCGAACAAGACGCUGCCGGUAGCGUUUAAGGUCGUGGCUCUGGGCGACGUCGGAGACGGGACUCUGGUGACGGUGCGUGCAGGGAACGACGAGAACUGCUGCGCGGAAUUGAGGAAUUCCACCGCGGUGAUGAAGAACCAGGUCGCGAAAUUCAACGACCUCAGGUUCGUCGGCAGAAGCGGUCGAGGGAAAAGUUUCACCCUGACUAUCAUGCUGCAGACGUCACCACCCCAGGUCGCCACCCUAUCCAAGGCGAUCAAGGUCACCGUCGACGGACCCAGGGAACCCAGGUCCAAGACAAGGCACCAGGCCUUUCACCCGUUCCAUUUCGGGCCCAGGCCGUUCCCGUUCGGUCAUCCCCAGGACCCGCUGGGAUUCAAGCUGUCCGGCUUGCAACACCUGGGUCUGGAGCAAGGAGCCGGCCAAGGGUGGGGUGGUCUGCCCCGAGGUUCUCUGCCACCGCACUGUCUUCCACCGCCUCCCGGUCACCAUUCGCAUACACAUCCUCCAACAGCUGGUGCGUCGGCUUUCAAUCCCUUCCACCACAGCAUCGAGCAGAGAUCUCCUAGACUUCCCGGACCUAACACCGAGUCGUCCAGGAACGAUUUGGGUCCAAUCAGCGUCUCUGUGAGGGAAGUGACGCCGACCUCGUCACCUGGUAAUUCUGGACCCGGUUUGCUCACGACGGCCACCGUCGCGGCGCCCACACCACCGGCGGAGACCACUACCACCACCACCACCACGCCUAGCCCCUCCGGACAUCACUCUCAUUUCCAAGGUCUCCAUCUUCUGGGCGCCACAGGGUCCAUCUUCGGAUCGAUAUUCGCGCCGUUGCUGCCGCAGUCGUCUUGGCUCUACAAUCCGCUCUAUCACACGCAGCAGUACAUGCUGGAACCGGAAUGGCACGCGCUAGCGUUACGAAUGGCGCAGCAGCGACUGCAGAGGCCGGACCAGGCGCGACUAGAAGAACUCAGGAAGCUGCGAAGCACCAGCAACAGUCCGGAAACCGGUCUAAAAGAAGAGAAGCAGCGGGACGACGAUCAAGACGUCCUCCAUCGAUCAGGAUUGGAGAGUCCGGACGGUAGCAUAGAGGUAGACGACAGGAACGAGUACGAUCAAGCGAGAGAUCGAGUGAGGAGCGACGAGUCCCUUCCAGAGCAAGAUUCCCCUCGGAUCUCUCCGUCGAGAAGCGACGCGGAAGACGCGACGACCGACGCGGCGACCUUUCAAAACGCGUCCGUCCACCUGCGACCCAGCAUGGAGAACUCGAACGAUCAAGAGGCAACCAGCGACGAGCUACCGCGGCGGGACCUGUCGAUGAAGAUCCGUUUAGAGGGCACGGUGGACCUCAGCACGAAGAGGGACCAGGACAAGGAGAACGUAGGUCAGGAUCUAACCACCAGGAAGAAGGACGACGACACGGACGUGAAAAGGGACGCGGUCAGGCCCAAACGAGAGAGAACCCCGAAGCCUAGACACGUCUGGAGACCUUACUAAGAGCGGCAGAGGUGUCCAGCGUGAACUGGACAGACUCUGGUACUCGGUGAAGUGGAUCGAUCAUCGAUCAUCGCGGUCUACGUUCGUCGCGAAGGGAAUUCUGUAUUUCCUCGGAAUGUAUCAGGGCCCUGCGUCAGGGCACAAAGGUGAACAACUUAGCGCCUGGUCCUUCGGCUGGGAUCUAUCAAGGACUCGAGGACUAACCAGGGUUUACGUUCGUAUAGUUAAUGUAAAUAUAAGCGGCGUCCAAUUAUUACCUAGGCUAAUUGUACCGUGUCAAGCACUACCUGAUUGUCAUUUCGAGCGAGAGAGAUCGAUGCCUGGCGACGAUCCUCGUUACGCCCGAGAUCGACGACGAGUCGAUACCGUCGGCAGGGCUGUUCCGUAGAGUUGAUGCGAGGAAGGAUCGAUCGAGCGUGAUGUUGAUGCCUGUGUGAUGGGGCUCGUUGAGAGGCUUCUACCUCGAGGGGCGAACUUGUAUACUCCGGAGUGUUGUAAAUAUCACAAGUCCUAAGGAUUCUGAGAGUCCGGGUUAUGUCACGUCCCCAGGCUGUUUCCUCCGAUUUUUCUUUUUUUUACGAGGGACAGUAACCGUCCACGAGCGGGUCGCCGGUGGCGCGGAUUCGUGGGCGUGACUGGCCUCGGG